AUGCUGAUUACCCAGUACACGGCGCUUCUCCUCCAGACAACCAAGAAGACAGCCCUCGUGUCUCCAACAUUUGUUCACGGCAGAUUAAGGUCAUUAGCCGCCAUAUCCGUUGUUAAUAUUCCCCCGAGGUCCCUAAUCACCGGACUAGUAUUGGUAUUAAUCGGCUCACUAAUCAUAGGCUCCCAUAGGAAGGAUGAUGUGGGCAGAUCUUCCCAUUAG